AUGACUGGCAAGAAUUUUGAUAAAUGGCUAAAAGAUGCUGGUGUUAUUGACAGCAAAAAUAUCACGACAACGAUGACCGGCAUUGCGUUCUCCAAAAUCACCGGAUCCAAAAAGAAGGCAAAUUUUAACGAAACUAAAGAUAUUUUGGCUGCUGUUGCAGAAGAUCGAGCGCGGAAAACAAAAAAGGAUCCCCAGGAAGAACUUGAUGUAAUUAUUGAAAAAUUAUCAAAAUUGGAAGCACCAGCGUUGAAAAAUGUCGCAAAAGCAUCGGCUGAUGGUGUGUACAACCGUUUGACGGAUCAUACCAAAUACACCGGCUCGCAUAAGGAACGCUUCGAUGCUGAAGGCAGAGGACGCGGAAAACUGGGAAGGGAAGAUGUCAUCGAGCAAACCGGUUAUGUGGCUGCUUAUAAAAAUAAAGAUACUUAUGAUAAAGUGCACAAAAAUAACCAAUGA